AGGCCGCCGCCGCCUCCCCGCCCCCGGGCAGUGUGGAGCAGCGGCUGAGGGCCGGCGGCCGCCGCCAUGGCGUUGAACCCGGUGCUGGGGAAGCUGGUCAGCAAGCGGGUGGUGCUGGCCAGCGCCUCGCCGCGCCGGCAGGAGAUCCUCACCAACGUGGGCCUGCGGUUUGAGGUGGUUCCAUCCUGGUUUAAGGAGACACUUGAAAAGUCAUCUUUUACAGCCCCUUAUGAGUAUGCUGUGGAAACAGCAAAACAGAAAGCUGUUGAAGUAGCAAACAGAAUGCAUCUAAAGCAUCAGAGAACGCCUGAUGUUGUCAUAGGAGCAGACACUAUUGUGUCUGUGGAUGACCAGAUCCUGGAGAAACCAGUUGAUAAGCAAGAUGCCUACAGGAUGCUGUCAAGGUUGAAUGGGAAGGAGCACAGUGUUUUCACGGGGGUGGCUAUUAUACACUGCCUCAGUAAAGACAAUCAGCUAGAGAUGGAAAUCACCGAUUUCUAUGAAGAGACUAAAGUAAAGUUUUCUGAGCUGUCUGAAGAGCUGUUAUGGGAGUACAUUCACAGUGGGGAGCCAAUGGACAAGGCUGGUGGAUAUGGUAUUCAAGCCCUUGGUGGAAUGUUAGUUGAGUAUGUCCAUGGAGACUUCUUGAAUGUGGUGGGAUUUCCUCUGAAUCACUUCUGCAAAAAGCUAGCAGAAUUGUACUACCCGCCCUCCAAACAUGAUGAACAACAUAAAAAGUAUGACUCUAUCCCUUCUGUGGACACUUCUAAAAACCUAAGUGAUAGAAAAAGUCAAUCUUCAAAUUUCACAGAGCACAAAGCUUCUAGUAAGUUGGACAGCAGUGGGAUGUAUUCCUCAGGAGCUGUUUACACUUCUGAAAAUAAUUCUGCUGUCAGAACUGGUUUUACAGUACCUUUGGAAAAUCAGAAUGGAGUGUCACAGAGUGCAUCGAAACUUCCAUCCAAAAUUCUAGAACUGCUGGAUGGUUUUAGAGCUUCAAAGGCUCUGUUUGUAGCCUCUAAGCUGAAGAUAUUUGAUCAUCUGAAAGAUAAAGGUCCAGUGAAGGCUGUGGAUAUUGCAAAUGAUGUUGGAACCUCUGUAUGUGGAACUGAAAGACUCCUUGAUGCAUGUGCUUCUCUUGGAUUACUGGAGAAAACACCACAAGGUUACAGUAAUACAGACUCAGCAAAUAUCUACCUGACCUCAGAUGGCAAAUACUCACUUCAUGGCUACAUUAUCCAUUCUAAUGAUCACCUUUGGCCUCUCUUCACAAACUUGGAGUCUGCUGUCAAAGAAGGGAGCAGGCAGAAUCAUCGAGCCUUUGGAAAGACAGCAGAUGAUCUAUUUAAGGACUAUUAUCACAGCCAGGAGGUAAAGCAGCGUUUUAUGGCCGCCAUGCACAGCAUUGCUCGCCUGACAGCAAGAGAUGUGGCUACAGCAUUUGAUCUAUCACAGUUUAAAUCUGCUUGUGAUUUAGGAGGUUGCACUGGAGCUCUGGCUCAUGAAUUAGUACAAGUAUACCCAAAUCUCAAGGUCACAGUAUUUGACCUUCCAGAAGUUAUUGCGAACACCUCUUACUUUCAGCCUUCAGAACAACACACUGCUCCAGUGACAUUUGUGUCAGGUGACUUCUUCAAGGAUAAUCUUCCAGAAGCAGAUCUUUACAUCCUUUCUCGUGUUCUUCAUGACUGGCCUGAUGAGAAGAUACAUGUGCUGUUGAGCAAGAUAUCAGCUGUUUGCAGACCAGGAAGUGCCUUGCUAGUGGCAGAAACUGUGCUUGAUGAACAGAAGAUGCACCCUUCUGUAGCUGUGCUACAAUCCCUCAGUAUGACUGAAGGCAAGCAGAGAAGUGGCUCAGAAUAUAAACAGCUACUGGAGAAAUACGGAUUCACAGAUGUACAAAUUAAGAUCACAGGGAACUUAUUAGAUGUGGUUCUCUGCUUCAAGAAGAGUCUGUCACUGUAGUGUGCCCAGAAGCAAUCUGGGAUGCUGAAUCUUUACCCCUUGCACAAUAUACCCACCAUCAACCAGCUGAGAAUCAUUCUGGCCCUUUAUCUGAAACGUAGAUAUUACAGGCCUUGGAUUCAAGUUGGAGUGCAACUUCUGGCAGAGUGAAUUCUGUGCAUUUUAAAAAAAUUGUCUGGGGCAGGCUGAAACUCCUGAGUGUGAAAUACCUUAAUGUCCAGUUCUUCUGCAGACUGUAUUAAGCUUAGGCUUGGCACAGCUGUGUAUAGCAUGUCAGGUAAAAACUGCAAGCAUGUACUGAACUGCAUUAAUAUCUUAGUUUUCUUGGAACUUAAAGAGAUUUCUCCCUCUGUGGUGUACUCAGUGGUUACUACUAAUUUUUAUCAGAAAUUAGUAAUUUACCAUCUGCCUGAAUUUGGGGAUGUUAGUCCUCUUUUUCACUGCUAUGUGAGAUUUUACUCAAAACCAUCUCAUACAUAGUCUUCUUAAGCACUUUUUCCACAAGCAAAAGUGAAAACAGAACAAAUCUUAAAUAUGUUCCUACAACAGCUGUAACAUCACAGAGGAAGGAACUUCAGCAGUCUCUGGCCUCCAGCCCACAAUAUGUACCUGCACAGGCUGCAGCUGAGAGCUGUUCAUAUUGCUUACUGCCACUUCUGGGGUUUUCUGAAUAUGAUUGAAUGGCCAUAUAUGCUUUCUGUCUCGUUGAUUGAGCGGAGUUUUAGGAUUUAUGUAUAAAACCUUGUAUAAAAAUUAAAAUAAAACUUUUUUCAUGCCUCAGUCCUUAAUUGGAGAAGUGCAUGCUGUAUCCAGUCUCUUCAAGUAAUUUGUCACUAAUGUCACCUCUCCUAGUGUUUAUUUAUUUCCCAGUAUUCAUUGAUAUUUAUUUUUUCUUUUUAAAGUGUAGUGGAAGCUUCUCUGGAACUCAAAGUUACACUUUUCAACUAGCUUUCUUCCCUCUCAGUUGUGAAUUGCCUGUCACUUGUACAGCAGUAGUCCCAAUAAACCAGUGUGCAAGAGGCUAUACCCAUACUGAAUCACCAAUCUCAGCAAAUGAGAGAGGGUUAAUGAGGAAGGUUGAGUUGCAUCUGCCUGGAUGUUACUUAAUCAGGAGUUACUUUGCUCCUUGACCAAUGGGUAAAAUGCCAUAGUGACUCAACUCACUCAAGGAAACACAAGGAGAAACAGGCUUCCUGCAGAGCAUUUCACGUGAACAAAAUCAGGGAAAUGUCAGAUUUUACCACAUUGGGGUUUUUAAUUCUUAGCAGGUUUCUAUGAAUUUUUCUAUGAAUGGAAUUUUGACUGAUCUCAUCUGUAAAGAUAUUUACAAUAAAUAAGGCCAUAUAUUUGACAUAUGAAUAAAUUUAAAAUGUUUCUUUUCCACAUUGACGUGAGGCUUGCUCUUAGCUUAACAGGUUUGUAUGUUGAGAGAGACUCGUUCUGGUAAUCAGAUGUGUCUUGUCUCGUAGUUAUUCAUGAAGUUCAUAAUGCUGUUCUUUAAGCUGCUCUAAGCUCAAAUCCUAAAACUGGCACACCUGUAACUGUCACAGACUUUAAAACUGUGCCCCUAAGUACUAUGUCUCUGACUGUAAAAUUUGAAUAGAAUGGGUUUGGCUACCACCCAGCCUUCAUCUACUCUGUGAUUAAGGCACACUAAGCAUUAGUACCUUGGGCAUAGUGUCUGUGGUUAUGUACCACAGCUUUGCACUCUCAGCAUAAUUAAGUGUUGGAGCAGGCAGUCCAGGGAGGUUGUGGAAUGUCUGUCCUUGGAGGCUUCUGUGUGUGAAGCCAGCCCUGAAGAAGCUGAGUUGAUUGCAGAGCUGCGCUGCUCUGAGCAGGACCCUGGAUUGGAGAUCUCCUGUUGCAGGCUCACCGUUCUACAAUCCUUUGAUGCAGCCUGGUCACCUGAGGAAUUACAAGAUUAUCUUACUAAUAUGCAAAAUGAGUUUUUCAGUUUCCCUGAAUAUCUUUUGCUGACUGGUAGGAGUGGAUUUAAUAGUCUAACACUGAGAAGAUUUUUACACAACAUGCAUAACAAGAAAAUUGUACAGACAUGAAGAAUGGGAGGGGUUAAGUUUUAAAACUUUUUGACAAUUGUUGAAUGUCUGAGCUGUACAAGUUGCAGUGGCUCUGAGAAGAUUGUCUUAAAGGUCAGAAAAGUAUGAAUGUUAAGCUGCACUUAAUAAUAAAAUCACUAUGGACUGCUGCUAUUUUGAUCUGAGUUGGUAAGGCCAAAAGGCAAGUAUGUAUAGCAAUGCUUUUGUCACUAGCCCUCUCUUAGGUUCCCUUUCCCCUCACAGGUCUGAAUAUGGAGAAGACAAAUCUGUAAAUCAGAUCAUUUAAGUUUUGCUUUCAUCCUUAGGUCAGUCCCAUCACAAAGAAUUUGGGUCCUACAGAAAUAACAUACAGAAUGUAUUGAACAGAAACAUUGACUGCUCCUCUGCUUCUGUAAUGCUUGCCAUCCACUCUUCUCUCUGCUUGGCAUCAUUUCAAUAUGAAUGGGAAGCUGCAGUAUAUCCCAAAGCAAUACAACUCUAUUCCUGUCUUACUGUC